UGCUUGACACGCUUGACAUUUUGCACGUUUCGAUUCGUCAGCCAUGGCACCAAAGAAGCGGCCAGCAGCUGCUGACAAUGGAGCAGUUAAGCGUGCCCGGGGCCAACAGGCUGAUGAACAUUUUGCUGCAAAGGCAGCAAUGGAGGGCCCCAUCGCCAAAGUCAACACUCUCCCAAAGCCUGUUUCAUUGCCUUUGAAAUCCACAGCGCUCGUCUGCAUUGAUUUCCAGAAGGAUUUUUUGGACGUGGGAGGUUUUGGACAUGCUCUGGGCAACGAUGUGACCAAACUUGCCGAUGAAUGCUUACCAGGUGCUGCCAAACUGCUUGAAGCAGCGAGGAACUUGCCACUGGCAGCAAUCAUUCAUACCAAAGAGGCCCACCUUGAGGACUUGUCGGACUGCUGUGAAAUGAAACUCAGUGGGCCACGGUGCCCUCCAGAGGACAAGCGCAUUGGGAAGGUUUUGGCUGAAGGCAUGGGCCGGCUACUGGUGGACGGCUCACCGGGCAAUGAUUUUGUGGACGUUGCGAAGCCUCGUGAUGGUGAGAUUGUGGUGCCAAAGCCAGGCAAAGGGGCCUUUUUCCUGACCGGCCUCAAUGAGAUCCUCCGUGCAAAGGGUGUGAGCCACCUCAUCGUUUGCGGAGUGACGACGGAGGUCUGUGUCCAAACGACGAUGCGAGAAGCCAACGACCGUGGCUAUGAAUGUGUCCUUGUGGAGGACGCAACUGCCAGCUACAUCCCCAAAUUCAAGGCCGCGACGAUCGAGAUGGUGCGUUCUCAGGGCGGAAUCGUUGGUUACACCGUGGAAAAGGCAGAGGAUUUGGCAAGGGCACUCCAAGCUGCUGUGUGAUGCAUUGGGCCGUGAGGCGAUUCACGCCACAAUUUUAGAGAUGUUUGAACCCUGUCUGAACAUCUCUUAUCUCAAUUGAGUUGUCUUGGGAUCGAGUUUCAGACAACGAUCGAGAGACAGGCUGUGGCUGGA